AUGUGGGAAGCCCAUCACCGCCGUGGCGGCCUACUGCUUGAGGAAGCACUGGCAUCCGGAGUGCGUGAUCUGUGCGGUGUGCAACAAGCAGAUCUCGAACGCGCGACCUCGAGAGAAGAACGGCAAGCCCGUGUGCCCCACAUGCGCCGUAGGCGCGGUGCAGAGCGUCGUCAACGCGCGGGUGCGAGGCGAAGACGUAUGACGCGUGCGUGCGCCGCACACGCACACGCACACAACAAAACACACGACGGCACACACGUAACAGCCAACAAAGACAAUCACACGCCAGCAUGUGGCCGCAUGUAUAUCUGA